AAACAGUAAAUAAGUUUUUGCAGACAUGUUAUUUUUAUUGUUAUAAAGCUAUAAAAAUACUGUAGAAACAAUCGAAAUAUUAUUGAUAAUUUAUAAUCGUGUAUAAUUAUUAUGACUGAAGGAGGAAAAUCUGGAAAUCUAUUCAUAACAGACUUGAAAGAAAAAUUAUUAAAAAAUCGCACAGAAGAAUUUGCUGCAAAAUACGUCGAAAAACAAGUUCAAAAACAUUUGAUACAAUUUUACAAUGAAUCAAAUCAAGAGAAGCAGAAAAUCUUGAAAGCAGAAAAACAGCAAUUGGAAAAAGUUAGAGACCAGAUGUACAACUUGGAAAAUGAUUUUUGCGACACGGUUUGGAAAUUUUCGAGGGAACACGAUUUUGGAAAUUUUUUGAUUAAUUAUCCAAGAGUAAAAAAACCGCCUGCAUGUGAUUGUGAUUUUUAUAAAGAAAAUGUGAACACAAUUGAAAAGGAACUUGAAGAUAAUGCAGAAAUUCAAAAAGUUACUCGUGAAGUUGAUGCCUUGAGACUUGAAUUUGAAACUUUAUCAAAUGCUAAAAAUUUAGAAGAAGAAAUAAAAAAAGCAUCUGAGGAAUUAAAAUAUGCUCCGCAAGAAGAUCCUGAAAUUCAAAGAUUGAUUAAAGUUCUCCAAAAUUCUCAACAAGAGUUAGAAGACCUGCAAUCAGAAAUCGAGAAUAUCCAAAAAAAAGAUACGCUUUCAGAAAAAUUGGAAAUAGUCUUCAGCCCAGAAGUUAUAAAGAAGAAAAGAAAGAAAAAUGAAAAGACUUCAAAACAUUUAAAAUUCGUUAAAAAAUCUCCUCGAGUCGAUAAAAAUUUACCCUUGAGUUUCCCGAAUACGAUAGAUAAUUAUUUGAUCAUAAAAGGAAAUAAAAUAUCUCCUGUAAUAGAUAAAAAAUGGGAAGAAUCACAAAUAAUAACCGGGAAUGAAAAUAAAGACAAAUCUGGAAUUCCCGAUUCCUGGAGCUUAAUAAGUGCAGAUGGUUUUUCUAUCACCGAAAUCAAAAAUUCUAUCAAGGACACUUAUAAUUUUCUGGAAAGUACGAAAAAAUUAACAGUUCAAGAAUUACUUUCUGGAAAUUCAAAAUUACCAAGCAGGGAGGAUUUGAAGAAAUCUAAAGUAUUUGCUACGAUAGAAUGUCCAGAGCUAAAUUCUAUGAUUAAAGAACGGAAAUCGAUGCCAAGGGCUUUCACCCCAAAAAAGCAAAGCGCAAUUUCAGAAAAGCUGCUGGGAAAGCACUGAAAAAAAAGGAUCUGUAUUAAUAUUGUGUUCUAAAUAAAAAACGAAGCGAUUGUACAGUACAUUUGUAUAUUUAGAAAUAUUUAUACGUUCAUCUAUAUUAGUUAUAAUAUACAUUGAAAUACAUUAAUAUUACAUUAUUUAAAUUUUACACAUAAUAUUGCGCCCUGCAAGGCUUUUUCAACAAGUUCACGAUACGAGAAUAGUUCGCUAUUCUUUUAAUUUAUCCACAUAAAAUUCACUCUCAAAUCGUGCAUCUCGUUGGACGUCUAUGGCAUUUUAAAACUGUUUAACAGUUCGCGAUAACGAUUUUUAUUUUCUAUCAAUCUUUAUCUUUUGCCAACAUACUUAUUUUUAUGUGGAAAAGCAAUGAUUCCCUAAGUCGUAUGUGUGUAAUAAAUGCCUCUGAAAACGCACCAGCACAAAGUAUUUCUCACCUCUUUUUUAAAUCUUACAAUAUUUUCAUUAUCGGUAAUCUAAAUCUACAAGAACUUUUGUGACUGGUUGUCGGUUUUUUCACCCUGA